AUGACAUCUGAAAUAAAAGAAAACGAGAUUGAUACUAGCAAUGAAGAAGUUACACACCUCGAGUUUAUAGGAGAUAAGGCAUCAGAUUACGAUCACGAACUAUCCGUCUCCAAUGAGAAUAUUACCCUUUUGAAAAAUUUUUUAUAUACAGUAUUUAUAUUAACUUAUGCAAAUCUCGAAGAUAUUGUACAAUACUACGAAGACAAGAUUAAAGAUGAACAUUAUCAAAAGUUAAUUGUGGAAUUAGAACAGGAUAUGAGAAGUAUAGCUGAAAGAUUCAGUUUGAUGGUAAGAAUGUAUAGGCUUAAAGAGAAAAUUAAUUAUCAACCGACAAAUCCAAAAUUAGAUACUAAUUAUGCUAUUACCGAGUUUGUUUCACGCAAUAUAAAAUAUAGAGGUAAAGAAUUAUCUUCACACAUGAUAUUUCAAACCCCCCAGAGUGAAUUCCACUGA